AUGUCCGAAGACUUGAAAGCAAAGUUCAGGGCCGCUGCGGCACAGCGGGGCCUCAAUUCUGCCAAGGACCAGCUGAAGGCCAUCAAGGCCCAAAAAGCCGCCAUGGCAGCAGCGGUUGGACCAGGACCCUCAUCACAACGCCUUCAGCAUCAGCAAUUACAACAAAAACCCGCGCCUAAGGCUGCAGCUGUAGUUGAUCCCCCUCAGGCCCCCGGGGGGGGAGCUCUGCCGGCGGACUUUUUUCAAAAGCCUGCAAAGGCGCGUCUCCUGGGAACGACUGCGGGUUUCUUUUCAGACAAGGCGGCGGACGCCCAGGCGCGAGGCGUGAAGCUGCCCACUGCAGCCGACCGGGAGGCGGAGUUCAGGGCCUUCACCGCACUCAUAGAUGAAGAGCUCAAACAGCAGGCGGUGGAGGAGGCGGAGGAGGCCGAGGUGGAAGCGGAGGAGAAGGCCGAUCGAGAGGCGUUUCUGUUCCAGCGGCAGCAGCAGCGGCUAGAGCUGCUGCGGCAACGCAAAGCGCUGCUGCUAGCCAAGUCUGCCGCUGCAGCCACCGACCUAGCGGCCACAGCGGCGGCAGCAGGAGCUUCAGGGCUGGGAGGCGCUGCUGUCGCUGGGUUGCUUCCGGAGCUUCCAACGGACGAAGAACUCCGCGAGGCGCCACCGCCUGCUUUUGGGUCGGAUGAAGAGGGUGAGGACGAACGCGCAGAGGCGCUUCAUGGCGAUGACGGCGUAGCCGCGGCGGCUGAUGGGAAGCAAGAAGAGCAGCAGCAGCAGCAGUAUCAACAGGGCCGGCGGCGGCGCCGGGUAAUGCCGGUGUUGCCCGGCAAACGCCGUCGAAUCAUCGACGCGCUGGCGGCGACAUUGGCGGCGUCUGAAGGGGAGGACGGCGGCGGCGACGACGACGAGGAGAGCAGUGAUGAGGGUGACGGCGGCGGCGGGCUCAACUGGCGUGCGAAGCGGGUGCCAGCUUGCCAGCUGCAAAAGCUUAUCGUGGAAGCGGUAGGUACUGCAUGCCGUACCGUGUACCGUGUAUUUUACAAACCCACGGAGACGCCACCAAGUUGGAAACCGGCAUACGUUGAUGACUUCAACGAUCUCGACGUCCUGCUGAAGGAGCGUUCUACUCCGGAGAAAUGGGUAUCCCUCUUCUGCUUUUCAGUUCCAGAGAAUCGGACAAGCUCUCCAGAAGAAGCUGCUUUCUUUCGUCUGGCGUUGAACACUUUGUACUCUUAUCAUAUCUUUGGCCAAGCCUCCUCUGAAAUUGUAGCUGCGAUAACACCCAAGGCGCUCGCGGCGUGUCGCAAGUUCAGACUGCCUUGCUACAAUGCGUCAAAGUAUGCAUGGGAUUCUCGUUCCUACUACAACAUCGGGUGGGCCAAGAUCAAACUGACAAGGGACAUCCUGAAGCUGGGUUUCAACGUGCACUUGUCAGACCUGGACAUGUUCUCCUGGAGCAAUGGAGCUGCGGACGGCAGCAUGAUGCAAGAGAACUGGGUGCACCAGGACGACCCGCAGAACGCCGCCACCCGGCGGCCGAUCUACAUCGGCAACACGGGGGUCGUGUUCCUGCGCGCCAACAGCCGCACCGUGGGCUUCAUGGAGUCGUUGCUCCAGUUUGAAGGCCGCGACUACCAGGACCAAUACAUCGCGACGUUCGUGGCGUACAAGUCGUGGGCGCCAUGCACGGACGAGGCGGCCUGCCUGGCGGCCCGCGCUCGCGGCAUGGCUGCCGUACAGCUACACCCUUCCCAGUUUGCCGGCUCCAACUGCCUCCCGGAGGCCGGCUACAGGCCCUGUGCGCCGCGCCGCUUCUACGUCCACGCAGUUUGUCGGAUCUCUGCCGUAGAUAAGGAGGGCUUUCUGCGGUACGCUAAGGCCAUGUUCAUACGCGCUGGGGGCUCCGGCGGCGAUGGUGAUGUGAUGGCCGCGUCACUGCCGCCAGAUUGGGAUGACCCGCUUUUUGUGGGUGAGCAAGACAAUGGGGCGAUUGCUGCCAGCGGCCUCCCGUGCCCGCCUAAUCAGCAACGGGCGUAUAACGGAUGGCUUAGCGCCGCCGGGGGCGCCGUGGAGGGCAAGGCGCAUGGUGGUGCGGAUGUCUCUAGGCAGAUUGCUGCACGGAAGUUGCUCAGGAGCGAUAGAGAGCGCGGCAGCGUAGAGCGCUUACCGGGCGGAUAUUGA